AGUAGGAGGACGGAAGCGCAGCAGCGGCGCAAUAAAAUGUAGCUACUCGCCCAACUCGCGGCAAGAUAUCGAACUGACGCGUAGUAGGUGCGGCGCGCGGGCUACACAAUCGGAUGGAUUUGCUUGCGGAGCGGCUGCAGCAGCAGCAGCAGCAGCAACGUCGUCGUCGGAAUUAAUUGUCGCCCCCCUGUGACGCGAGGCGGCAUAAAGCGCGGAGCGCCGGUCGCCGGUCGGUCGUCUAGUAGUAGAGCCGCAGCGCCACAGCCGCCGCGAGCAACUAUCUCUAGCGACGCGCCGCAGAAAAUAUGGAGCGACGAAGUGUGUCAGAAAUUAUCGAACAGUAUCAGCCGCUGAUAAGGAAGUAUGAAAACGACGAAAAUCUGGUCAUUCUGGAUGCUAGAGAGGAACCUGGGACUAAAGCAGGAGAGAACUAUAUGUCGAUAGUACUUAGAACAAAAAUCAUAGGAAGACGAGGAAAUGGAAGUCCUUACAAAAAGUCCUUUAUGCGAAAAAUGCUGUUGUGCAACAUGCAGCUGGCCAAGAUCACCCGCAACAGCAACCUUUUUCGCAUCGAGUCGUAUUUCUAUGAAAAGCUCCUUCCGCUACUUGGGCCCUUCGGUCCAGACUGCAUUCUAGCACAACCACGCGAGAUAAUCAUGGAGGACUUGGGAGACCGGGAUUUCUCCAUCUGCGAAAGGCGCAAGCUCCUCGACUUGGAGCACUGUUCAGCAGUCGUACAGACGUUAGCAUCGAUGCACGCCUCGUCGCUCCACCUAAAGCUCAGCUCGCCGGAUCGUUUCGCAGAGCUGGUGGCGCCGCUCUGCGAGAACAUCUUCCCCACGGACACCGAGGAGUCGAUCGGCUCGUUCUUCGAGAGCGGCGUGGAUUUCGCUCUCAAGAGCUUGGAGUCAAUCGAACCUCGCACCGGAAGGGUGGAACGCGCCAUCGAGUUCCUCCGGAGCUACCAAGACAAGGUGGCCGAGAGUAUGAGGCAGCUGCUCAGGCCGAGGCCGGAGGACGAGCAGCGCUUUUGGGUCAUCACGCACGGCGACACCUGGAACAAUAACAUCAUGUUUUUGCACGAUGCCGAGGGCAAGGUCGUGCGCGUCAAAUUCGUCGACUUUCAGGUGGCGAGGCACUCGUCACCGGCGUUCGACUUCACUUACUUCCUGUACUCGUCGGCGAGGUCGGAGGUCCUCGAGCGCGACACGGACGAGCUCAUCGGCACGUACGAGCGCUUUCUGCUGCACGACCUUCGCAGGCUCGACGCUCCCGAGCGCGACCUCGGGGCCCUCGCUCGGCCGGGCUGGUUCAAGGACGAGCUCCGACGAAACGGCCUUUUCGGCCUCUUCGGCGCGCUCAUGGUGCUGCAGGUCAUCUUCAUCGACGAGGGUCGAGCCGUCGAGUUGGAGAUGAACAAAACGAAGGACGAAUUCAACACGGAGAAGCUGUACGACUUGACGCCGGAGAAGACAGAGAGGCUAUUCACCGUCGUUGACCAUUACGUGCGACACUUCAAGAACGACGCUUCUAGCUGAAUUCAUUAUCGCUUUCGUGGAUCGAGUGGUGUGGCGUUAGACAAAUUUCACUGUCCGACAGUGUGUAUUAUUUGUUUUUCCCGCGUCUUAUAUGCCAAAGGAACUCUAGUGCCGAUCGAUAUGCCGAUUGCAAAGCCGGUUGCAUGUUUUUAUAAUAAACACGCCGUUAUUUUUCUACGCGCGAUCGCGAGCGACGCGCAUAUAUGAGAUGCGAAUAUUUUUGUGUGUCGCGAUCGAUAUUGCACAUUAGGUACCGAGCUGUAAAUAUUUUUCUACUGCGAAAUUGCACUGCGAAAUCGCAGGAGCCCGAUUGUGAUUACGGUGUGCUUUAAAAGUGUAAACACGCAGUAGUAGAUUAGUACAAAUUACAUUGUAAACUAUGAUAUUUUUCUAAAAAACAAAUCGAUUUGUCGAGUGAAUGUAUAUUUUUCGAGACAUGUAGACACGCAGAGUCGCGACUGGAGCGCGCCUGCGGCGAUUCUUUGGAGAGAACCUUCCGCCGUUCACCGUCGGAGUGCGCACGGGUUACCUUUUUCGCUCUCGUGCGAGUAUGGAUUUCUCAGUGCGUUGGAGAGUAAAACUUCGUACCCGCUGUGAGUCAAUUGUUGAAGCGAAAUUUUACGCAAAAUGUUGUAAUAAAUUUUGGACGACUGUUCGCCAGCAGCUGCUGUUAUUCUCCAGUUGUGGAACCUUUCAA